UCUCCAUCUACCUUGACAUGGUUCUUUCACAAUCACCAACGCUAGUCUUGAUAUUGACCUGAAUCCUGACAUACAUAGAAUAUGGAUGCACAAACAGUGCUCUACUCCCCGCUGGACUGGGACGUUCCAGAUCGCAUUUUUGCUUUCGACAAGAACGGCGGUAAUGACUAAGUCUGCGUCACUUGCCGCAAUCAUCGCCGCUUUUGUCCCGUCUCUUAUCACCGCUAUCAUAUUUCUUGUGAUAUUCUGCCUCAUCAGGCGCUAUCAUAAACGCAUUUAUGCCCCGAGGACUUACAUCGACCUUAUUUCAGAGAAAGAUCGGACUCCAGGCUCGAGCACAGCACGCAUCGAAUGGCUAAAACCCAUAUGGCAAUUAGGCGAUAAAUUCGUUUUAGAACACUCAUCUCUCGAUGCGUAUCUCUACCUCCGUUUUCUGAAGACUAUCAUCUUCAUCUGUGUAAUUGGAGCCUGCAUCACCUGGCCAAUUCUCUUCCCUGUUAACGCCACUGGUAAGGGCAAUGCUUCUCAGUUGGACAAGCUUGGGUUCGGGAAUGUUCAUGGUAAGAAACGUCUGUAUGCACAUGCCGUUGUGGCUUGGGUAUAUUUUGGCUUCGUCAUGUUUACGAUAGCCCGAGAACGUAUGUGGUUGAUCGGUCUACGCCAAGCUUGGCACCUAUCAAGGACUAACGCCUCUCGCCUUUCUUCAAGGACUGUACUCUAUCUUGAUCCACCAAAAGAUGUGUUGGUUGACGGUGAAUCCCAGUCCACUUUGGGCAAGGAGGUCAUGCGACAAUGGGUGGUGAAGCCUACACCAAAAUUGGAUGAGCACGUGGGAGCAAGGAACGCAACAUUAGCUCAACUGGAGUCUACCGAGCUUUGUUAUCUGAAGACGGUGAACAAGAAGAGAGCGAAAAUAUCGAAGAGAAAUGGCUCAGGCGUGGUUGGCUUGACCGACCAGACAAUCUCUGCCCUGCGACCAAUUCGCAAGCAAUACUAUGUCCUCGGGACAGAAUCCGACGCGAUUGACCAUCUCCAGGCCGAAGCUACCGCCAAAGUACAGAAAGUCGACGAAGAUCGAGAUUUACAUAGCACGGAUGCUGCUGAAGCCCGAUCUGCCAUUUUCGUGGAAUACGCAACGCAGUCGGCCGCUCAACGAGCUUACCGAAGCAAUCCAAAGUCAAAAAUACCAAUGCCAGCAAAUCUUGCGAUCAAGUCUAAAUUGAUCGGUGUCCUGCCAAAAGAAAUCAUAUGGACAAACAUCACGCUACCUCAAUCUGUUCGACUGUCAAAGAAGUCUGCCGGUAACGUGUUUGUAAUAGCACUAAUCAUCUUUUGGUCUAUACCAACUGCAUUCAUCGCCUCGAUCUCCAAUGUCAACUAUCUAGCAGAAAAAGUUCAGUGGCUUGGCUGGAUCAAAAGUCUGCCAGAUCCCAUCUUGGGACUGAUGGUAGGACUACUGCCCCCUUUAGCGACGAGCUUCAUCGCUUCAUAUGUUCCGGACAUAUUGAGAUAUGUUGCAAAAAUGUUCGAACCAACAACAGUGACGGCAGAGCUACAAGUACAGACGUGGUACUAUCUAUUUCAGAUCAUUCAAGUCUUUUUCGUUACUGCUCUGUCUUCGUCAGCAACUGCUUUUGUACCACAACUCAUCAACAAUCCUGGAAAUGUCCCGAUGCUAUUGGCCGACAAGCUACCCAGCUCAUCCAACUUCUACCUCACUUAUUUCAUUCUGCAAGGUCUCGGUUCGGCAACCAAAAAUAUCCUCAAUUAUUCCGAUCUCUUCCAAUAUGUCUUCUGGGACUGGUUCAUCAACAAGACACCCCGAGACAAAUACACACAGUAUACCACCAUGAAAGGCAUAGGAUGGGGUAAGAUGUAUCCCAAGUUCAAUAAUUUCGUCAUCAUCGCCCUUGCAUACUCGAUCAUCUCGCCUCUCGUACUAGGUAUUGCUGCUAUUGGCUUGAUACUUUUUUAUUUCUGCUACCGCCACCAGCUUCUUUACGUCGUCCAGCCCAAGCUCGAAACGAAAGGAAAGUGCUACACCCGGGCGCUGACGCAAAUGUUGACUGGUAUAUACGUCGGCGAGCUCGCACUCAUUGGAUUAUUCGGACUACGAAAAGCGACUGGCCCCUCAAUCAUGAUCGCAGUGUUAUUCUUCGGAACAAUCGCUUACAAUGUCGUUAUGAACCGCUACUUGAGUCCGCUUGAGGAUCACUUCCCUGAUGAUUUGCUAGCAGCUGAAGGAGAAGAAGAAGAGCCGUUGCUUACCGCGGAAGAAGGGGUCAUAGAUGGUGCCGAUGAGCAUUCUCGCAUCCAAAGUCUAGGCAACAGCAUGCAUAUUCCAAAACGCGUUGUAGACCCCGUUGCGCGUUUCUUUGAGCCACACAUCUACGCAAGUCAUAAGGUUAUGAAAACAUUCUUGCACAACCAAGGAGAGGAUGGUGAUGCCAUCGAAUAUACAGAGGAUGAGCUCAAGAAUGCGUAUACAAAUCCUAGUCUGAUCAGUAAGCCAGCGACGAUUUGGCUGCCUCAAGAUGAUAUGGGAUUGAGUAAGAGACUAAUUGAAGAGAAUGAAAAGAAGGGUCUUAAGAGUACCGAUGAGGGGGCGUGGCUCGAUGAGAAGAGGCAUGUGAAAUUCGACGAAGAUAAUCUCAGGCAGCUGCCGGCGUGGAAGAAACCUAUUCCUUUCUGAAGGAUUUGGAAAAUAGACAUGCGCGGAUCACUUAGUGUGUAAGGCCCGGAGAAUUCGGCAAUACGACCUGUAGACACACUGAUUAUUGACCUUGCGCUCGACCCCCAAUGCCUGAUAGAAUUUCUAUCAGCAGCUAUCAAGAUGGUGAUGUGAGCGUC